GCUUCAGAUAAAAGGAAGGCAUUAGAGGAGACCAAAGCCUACACAACUCAGUCUCUAGCCAGCGUUGCUUAUCAGAUCAAUGCACUGGCCAACAAUGUAUUACAACUGCUGGACAUCCAAGCAUCCCAGCUGCGGAGGAUGGAGUCCUCCAUCAACCAUAUCUCCCAGACUGUGGACAUCCAUAAAGAAAAGGUCGCUCGCAGAGAGAUAGGCAUUUUGACGACCAAUAAGAACACAUCAAGAACUCACAAAAUAAUAGCACCAGCGAACAUGGAACGUCCUGUAAGGUAUAUUCGAAAACCUAUAGACUACACGGUGCUGGAUGAUGUUGGCCAUGGCGUAAAGUGGCUAAAAGCCAAGCAUGGAAAUAACCAGCCUGCAAGAACUGGCACCUUGUCAAGAACAAAUCCGCCUACACAAAAACCACCAAGUCCUCCCAUGUCAGGCCGGGGAACUCUGGG